AUGGUGAACACAUCGGCGAAAGUCAUGUCAACGGUAGAAACGAUGAUCUUCAUCUCCGUCGUCGUCAUCGGAGUCGUCGUAGCUCGUGUCACAAAAUUCCCAUCUUCCCCUAUCGAUACUUUUGUCUACUACCACCAUUGCUCGCAACCAAAGUACUUUCCAGGAUCCUUCAUAUUUUCCUCCAAUUACUCUCCAGGAUCGUCUUACGAGUCAGAUGUCAAAUUUCUACUCAACUCGCUCGCAGACUCAGCUUCACUCUGCACCUACAACCAUUUCAUCGUCAGCGGAAUCUCCGGGAUGUACCAGUGCCGCGGUGAUCUCUCCUCCCGCCCCGGCGAUUGCGCUAGAUGCGUCGCGAGAGCUGUUCGUAUACUCCCAAAUAUCUGCGGCGGCGCGUGCGGUGGCGCGUUGCUGCUGGAAGGCUGUUUCGUGGAGUACGAGAAGGCUGCGUUCCUCGGCGUGGCGAAUAAGACGGUGUUGGCUUGGAUGUGCGGGACACCGUCAGGGUAUAACUCGGGCGAGUUGGCUCUGACCAACGCGUUGGUGAGUUUCGUAGUGGCAUAUAGCGGUAAGCUUUCCCGAGUGGCGUCGUCAGGGGAAGCACAAGCUGUGGCGCAGUGUACCGGAGAUCUCAGCGCGAGGGAUUGUCAGGAGUGUCUGAUGGAAGCGAAAUCGGUGUGCGGGACAAGGGCUAGGGGUGACGUCCACUUAGCCAAGUGCUACUUGCGUUACUCCUCCCGUGGAGCAACCGGCCACGGGUACAAGAACUCUAUGCUGGCACCGACUCAACGCCUAUCCAUGGACGGAUCCAAUAUCUUAUUUUAUCGGAUUCGGGUGCAACAGUUUCUAAUUAAUGAGUGA